UUUGACAGUUCGAAACCGCCAAAGCUAACAUAACCUCAAUUUAUAUUUACAAUAAUUUCACUUAUAAAUCUUACAAUAAUGUCGACUGGAUUUACCUUUGGACCUAAUACAACCACUCCAGCUUUUGGACAAACCUCUUUUGGGGCACAACCAGCUCAACCUUCCGGAAGUAUCACCUUUGGUACUCCUGUAUCGUCUGCAGUGGGAAACACAGGUUUUGGACAACCAAGUACAGGUUUUGGCCAAACGAAUUUUUCUGGUUUUGGAGCCCAACCAACUCAGUCAACUCCGUUAUCCAAUUUAAUCGGCACAACGACAGGCCUUUCUACUUUUAAUGUUGGGAAUCCAACGGCAAGUACAGGCUUUGGGAUUAGUUCGCAAACAGGAUUAAUGGCAGCACCCACUGCAGUUGGAUUUGGAGUUCCUCAACCCGCCGCAACGCAAACCGGUUUUGGAUUUAGUGCGCCUCAACAGCAACAACAACAAACAACCUCUGUUUCAAACAUUUCUGGCGGUUUUGGGUUGGGUUUAACGGCCCCCGCGGCUACUACGGCUAGUUUUAGACUUUCAAAUCCUCAAACCACCUCAACAAAUCUUGGGUUUGCUGCCACAUCCACUGGGUUUAAUUUUAAUGCACCUGGAGUGACCACGCAACCAACUUUUAAGUUGGGAGCAACUUCUGCUCCUUCAACUGGGUUAAGUUUUGCUGCACCAACGACAGCAUCAACCGGAUUAAAUUUAGGGGGGAUUUCUACAACCACGACAGGUGGAGGUUUGUUUCAGAGUCAACCUCAAACAAGCAUUGGAGGCUUUUUUAGCACCCCAACGACGAGUGCUGGAUUAUCUCUUGGAACCACAUUAACAACUCCAUCUUUAGGAUUAAGUUUUGCAGCAACGACUGCGCCAACUUUGUCGUUUUCCGCUCCGGCUACAACAACAACAGCGUCCAUAGGACUUGGAGGAUCGGGAUUUAAUUUAGGAGGAUCUUUUGGUUUAGGUGGAUCAACAGCUACUCCAAGUUUAACAAAACCAACAACAACGACGACUCAAUCGGUUGGUUUGGGGGGGAUUGUUACAAGCACUCCAAAAGCGGGAAGUACAACAAGUAAAGGAGCUGAGGUGUUACCAAAAAAUGAACCUCUCCCUAACGAAAUUCAACAAACAGUUGAAUCGUUUAAAAGUUUUGUUAAGCAACAAAAAAGUUAUAGUUCCGACGUAGCGCGGUGUUCAGUUAAAGAAUUUAAAAAAGUUUCUGAUGAAAUCGAAAUGGUUUCGAAUUUAUUGAACGAAGUUGAAAAACAAUUACAAACGAAUCGAGCGGUUUCAGAAAAAUUAAAGCUUGAUACAGCUAAAGGAUUACAAUGCGUUGAAUUAGCGCAAAGAACUUUAGAUACACCACCAGGUCUUCAGUACGAAAAUACAGCCCCAAUGGAAUUCUUUGUUAACCUUAUUGCAGGUUUUGAAAACGAAAUGCACACUUUACAGAUGCAAAUUGAAAACACAGAUCGUUACGUAAAAAAUUUAGGAAAACCCUCCGUUUUAAGUUCGGAAGAUUUAGCAAUGGGAUUGAGAAGACUUCAUGAAAGCUUCGUCGCUUUAGCUGGAAGAUUACAAUCGGUUCAUACCCAAGUUCAAAGUCAAAAAGAACAAUAUCUGAAUUUAAGAAAAUAUAUGUUACACGAUGAUACUAACAUUUUUGAAAAAAAUAAUUCUAAAUCAGAAACGUUAAAUAUCUCUUUGAAUGAUAUAACCUACAAACCGAGUGUGGUUGCUUCUGGACCUUCACCUUUUAGUACUUUAACUCACCCAAGUAUUGUUCAAGCGAAUUUGAAUCAAACUCAUCAACAACAAAGUGGUGUUCUUAAUCCACAAACGCAACAGCAAAGUUUAUUUGGAUCAACUCAACCUGUGGGAAACAUUUUUGGUAACACAUCAUUAAACUCUAGCAUACAACCCAUGUUUGGAGCGAAUACUUCAGCUUUUCAAUUACAAAAACCACCGACGGGAAAUAAACGCUCAAAAUAAACACAAAAUAUAUCGGGCGAAUCGUUUAAUAAACAUUUUUCACUAUAUAAUAAAAAUUAUUAAAAA